GCGCCUUUCAAGAGAGUCUACUAUGUCGAAGGCACACUAGUAAUGACACGAGGAUCUCACGGGACGCUAGCGACAUCCGAACCUUGGCCACGAAGUUUUAGGAUAGUAAGGAAACAUCACCUCCAUAUCCAGAAUCACCCGUUCGCUGGCAUACAGCAACUGGAGGAGUGAGGAUCAGACUUUGGGCAAGGAAUUUGUUAAUGAUGACAAAGCUUCCUGUGGAGCAUGUUUGCUGGAGGUAUCCCCACGCGUCCUCUCAAAGAGACGUUGUCAUUCACUAUAAAGGCUGGACAAUCUGGGCAUGAUGUCCUGUUGUUCUUGAUCGCGAUAUACUGUUACCCAGCAAUGCUGUGCUGGUUAUCCCUCGCGCUUGUCUUAGCGACUAAUGUCGUUGCGUUUACUGACUCACCCUCUCCAAAAUCAAAAGAGCCAAACAGUGUACCGUCUCAGUGCCAGGCACAUGCCUGGGUGAGAGCACCUGACAUGGUUCCCGGCGAAGUCAUCGCAGGGGAUGUCAAGAUUAAACUCAGCGGACCAUGUACUGACGCCAAGAGCUAUGCGAUAGGCUUGCGCUAUAAGGAAAGAGCGUUCUGGGAGUUGCGACGGGAAGAUGCGCCGAUUCUGGAAAGGCCCAAAUGGAAGUAUAAUUGGAGGCCGUACGAGAACUCAGUUCAGGAUAAGGACUCGUGGUCUACGCAUGAGGAAGAACGAAUUGCCUUUGAGAUCAAGAGUCCUCUGACCGGUGCAGGGAGGACAGAUACAUUGUCAAGAAACUUCACAACCCGGUUCGGAGUUCUGGUACCAAAUACAAACUACCCUCCAGGAUUAGACGGUCGUGUAGGCUUCAUGUCUAACGGGGGAGAGGAUAAUAUAAUAUCCGGUGAAUCGAUUUACGAGUACUUCGUCGAAAUCGGGUUUAGCAAUGGUACCACUUCAGAGAUACCUGCCGGAAUGACAGCCUUUAACCCGUUCUACCUCUCGACGGAAAACAACGCACCCAGUGCUAACGUAUCUCUAUCUCCGGCACCCCCCGGUUUUAACAUGAAACCAUCAGUAGACGGGUUGCGGAGCAACUACACGAUUGAAGUAUCUUUUCCUGAAGGAGCAUACAUCUAUCAAAACUCGUCCGUGAAUUUUACGGCCAUUGUUCAUCGGACAGGAUUCACGAAUCGGACAGACAUUCCUGUAGAGCUGUGUGCGUUCGCGGCGAAUGACAUUGAAUGGCAUUCUCAGGAGCUCCAGAACAUAUCACAACCGUUUUCAUCGUUCGUCAGGGCAUUGGUCCCCUCCAUUGUUACCGGGCAGCAUUCAGAAUUAUCUCAAGUCGGAAUACCUUAUUCCCCAUGCAGAGAGAUCAAUUUUGCAGCAACUCCUGCAUCAUUGGCUCACGAAAGCCACAUUAUUUCCACGUCCUCCGAACCGCUUUCAUUGUCCCUCUACGUGGAACACGAUGCUGUUCCAGAUUUUUCAACUUACUAUCAGAAACUGGGACAUCUUGUCCAUCUGGAUCUCUUUAUCGCGCCUGAUCCAUCAGAACCAUGCGAAAAUGAAUUCGAGAAGCCUCAAUACGAGGAGCUACAAUACGAGGAGCUACAAUGGGAGAAGCAGACUCUGGACGCGGAUGAACUUGACUGGGUGCCCUGGGUGCCCCGGGUGCCCUGGAUGCAAACACAGACUCAUACCCGAACCCUUUCCGGCAACACCAAUGUGCUGUCAGUCAUCUCAAUGCAGAAGCAGGGACCUGUGGGAUUGAUGCCAGUCCACUACCUGUCUGACAAAGCUCGCCAACCAGUAUUUGUCGAUUCGUCGGACAUCGCUGACCUUCGUCUGAUGUUGCCAGAGGAACGCGACCUCAUCGCCCCACUUACGCACCCGUCUAUAAAGGUGUUUGCCAAGGGAGAAGAAAUUGCAAACAGAUAUUUCACUGGCGGUGACACGCGGUACCCGAUAUACGUUGGGGACACCUGGGUCAAGAAAGUAUUGCCUAUGACUACUAAGGAUCAGGGCGAGAAUCAUACUGUGGACCACUUGCUCGUUGUGCAGUGAUAAUGAUGAUGAUGAAUUGAUGUAAUGAUGCCAAGGGAUAGUCAGAAGUUCAACAUAGUGUGCGGUGCGAUGAAGUUUAGGUUCUCAACUUCUCAUUGAUAUUUCAAUAUG